GUGUCGCGUGAAUACAUUUUUCACUUGGUCUCGUGCGUGAUGGAUGCUGUGGAUACGUUGGUUGUUUGAGAACAGCGUUCUUUUCUCGCUUCUUUGUCCGCCAUUCAAGAGCGAUGCGGCUUCGGAAGCUGGGUGUCGUCUGCUCCUCCUUGUCGUCUGCAAUCGUCCAGUGCUACGGUUUGCGUGUGUGAAUUUCGGCGCCAUCUUUUGAAAGACGUCAGCGUCAAUGUCUUUGAGCAAGUUCCUGUUCGCAUCAUUUCCGUACAAUUGCUACGAGAUUGGACACACCUGGUCUCCGCACUGUUGCCAAUCAUGGUUCGGUAUAUGGUACGACGUGUUCGUAAGAGCACUGAAGCUUUACGGCCUCCUUUAUUUGGUCGGACAACUCGUGAGCCGGCGGUACAACAGGAAGGCUUUCUUCAACACAUUCAAGAACACACUCAAGUCCUCCAUGUUCAUCAGCAGCAAUUUUUACUUUUAUCUCUUCUUUGUCUGUUUUGGCAACAAAGUAUUGGGACGGCUGUACUUGGCUCCGGCAACAUUUCUGGCCGGUUUCUUCUCCGCGCUCGUCGCUAUCCACGUUGAGAAACCCGGAAGGAGGCGUAUGCUUGCGCUGUACAUGCUCAACCUGGCUUCCGAUAUGGUAUAUCGGCUACUACACAGCAGAGGUUUAGUCCCAUACGUGCCCUACAGUGAGGUGGUGACGUUUGCUUCCUGCGUCGGAUCUUACGUCUACUACGCGAGGAAACACGGAUACUACGACGACCCGGUGCCGUUCGUGCUCAAGUACCUCCUCGGACCCGAUGAGCUGAAAAGUGCGAAAAGGCAACUGGAAAGCAGCACUGAUAAGGGUUUAUCUGUGGCCAAGCUCCUCGUGAAUGAUGUCAACGGCAACGAUGAGAUAAAAAAUGGCGUCGUUCCAUCCGACAGGAAGCGUCGUUAUGGCCAGACGCGCGGAAGCUUCAGGCGUAUCGUCACGGUCACUUUGAAAUCUGGUACUACAGGCUGGACAAUCGGAGCCGUCGUCUCUCUAGUUUCCAGCUUGAAGAGCAUACUCAAAGGAUCUCGACCUGUGACGUCACUAUUGACAAGUUCCUCUGCUCGGCGAAUGGGGUUCUUCUUUGCCUCUCUCACAGGGCUCUACACGCUGACCAGCGGCCUGCUAGAGCGUGUCUGUGGAGAGAGACAGGAUUGGCACGGCUUAGUAGCCGGCUCCGCAGCGGGCUUGGCUGCGUCGUCCAUCAUGCCAAAUUCUAACAUCUCGCUCUACCUGGCGUGGAAGCUAAUUGAGUUGGUGUAUCUCAAAAGCGCUGAAGAGAAAUUGGUGCCAUCCUUCGACCACGCACCGGCGCUCUUGUACUCCUUAUGCACUGGUCUCAUGCUUUACGUGGCCAUUGUGGAACCUCACAACCUACGACCUCAGUACCUCAAGUUUCUGGACGAGAUUUCGGGCCACAUGGUAAGGCAGAUCAACCGCUAUCCCCUGGACAUCCUAGGUCUUCACUCCUCCAGGACAUUUCCAGACUUCUUCCCUUUCCAUCUGGACCGUCGGUUCAUCAGCAAACAGUUCUUCGAGACUGUGCUUAUCUGGAUGUGACCAGACCCGCGACCGAUGCUACCUGUGAUAAGGACUGCAAUUUCUUAUUUCACCGCUUUCUUUUUUUUAUUUUUAAUCCGUUUCUUUCGUGGGUGAGGUGAUCCUCAGCCCUUGUUGUUCGUGUUGUUACUUGGAUGUUGUCAAAUAUAUUUCUUUAUUAAAAUACCUGGGAAGGU